GAGACCCUCAUCCCAAGAUCGCUCACACAGCCACACACGCACAACCCAACAGCAUCAAACAACUCCUCCCUCCCUCUUACUCCUCCAAGACACCUCCUCCUCCUCCUCCUCCUCCUCCUGGGCUGGAGCGAAGCCGUGACAUUUUGCCAUGAGGGUUGUGAUACUCAUCUCGUUGGCAGCCCUAGUGGCCUCAGAGCAGAAACGGUCGGCCGAGCCCUUCAAAUUCGACUUCCAGAUCGGCCCGCUGGGUUUCCUACCCUUCGGAAUCGGUAACCAGAAGUUCGGCAUCGGCAUAGACGUCGGCCCCGGCGGUGGGAAGUAUGGAGCCUACGGCAACUACGGAGGCAAGUAUGGAGCCAACUUCCUAUAUCCGCAACAGCUGUAUCAGGGAAUCGCCAAAGCCUUUUUCCCCUCGGGUGUCUACAGCCCCCACCAGAUUGGAAAGCGUAGCGCCGAUCCGGAGCCUGGAAGAGGAUACGGCUUUGGAGGGCAUCGAGGAUUUGGAGGAAUCGGCUACGGCGGUCGCAGGGUACCAGGAUACGGCGGAUAUGGCAGUGGAUACGGAGGCGGCUUUGGAAAACAUGGCGGACUUGUCAAUAGUCGUCAUUACCUCGGCAAACGGAGCGCGGCUAUCGACAUCUUUCCCGAAUAUCACAUUGGUAACUGAUAAGGUAUCGCUGUCUGCCCGUGAUGACCUCCGUGAUACCUCGGCCAUAGAGAGUUCGUGGGUACCGUGUCAAAUUGGUGUUGAUGUGGUCAUUUCCACGUGCCCUAAUGAAGUGCCUAUAUUUUCCCUUUUUUUUCAUAACUUGACAUUAUUUUGAAUAAAUACUUAUAUUUUUGCUGCAGAAAUAA